AAGAGAAAAGCUUAGGAGGAAAUUUUGAACAGACUUCUGGUACCCCUUGCAUAGAAAACAUCAUGAAUUUCACAUAUUUGUUUUUGGUAGUAAUUGUCUUCAUGGCCAUAUUCACAACUCAAAUAGAGGCCAAUAGACGUGGCCAAAAUGGUGGAAGAAACAAGAAAACGUAUGCGAAAAAAUCAAAUGGUAAUGGCGGCGGCGGCCGAGGUAGAUACUCCGGUCAGGACAAAAGAAAACAGGGCAGGGGAGGAGGAGGUAGAGGAGGAAGUACCACAAAUGAGCUGAUUAGAGCCGGUGCUCAUAUUGGCGGCAAAGCAGUUGAAGGUAUGGGUGUGGCUCUUGUCCAAAAAAUUGGUUAAAGUUUUAUAAAAAUUUUUAAUGUGAAAAAUAAAUAUUUUCCUCAGAAAAAAUGCCACGAGUUUCCUGGCCUGGGGUUGUUUGGGA